GAUUUUCGCGGUUAUGUGAAUGUCGAUAUAGGUGGCAGCAUCGUCGACUACAGCUGUCGCUCUAUGACAUUUCGGGAAUGCUCCUAUUCUAAUUAGAUUUGUUGAAGUAUUAUGUUCGGAGUAAGGUUAUUAGAUAAGUUUCUCGAUAAAUAUUAGUGUCAAAAUUAUAAUUCCUUAAUACGAUUAGAUGCAAUUAAUUCACGGUUUAAUAACAAGCGAAUAAAAAUAUAAUUGUAGGAAAAUUAUAGAUUACACAGUGUAGAGGUUAACGAAUAUACAAUCAUGGUCGAUAUGUGUUCCACAAAAGAAGAUUUAAACAAAUUUUCUCAUAAUAUAUAUAAAAAUAAUCCUUUACUAUUCAAGAGUUAUAUAGGAAAAGAAGCCAAAAUUACUACAGACAAUGGAGUUGUAUAUAAUGGUACUGUGUAUACAGUAGAUCCAGUUUCAGAAAGUGUAGUACUUUUACAAACUAAAGAAGACGAUCAUCAAAAUUUACAAAUAGUAUUUGGACAUGCGAUAAAAAAUAUUGAAUUAACUACACAAACAGAAACAUCUAUGCCAGAAUUAUUCCAAGUGUCAAUCAAUCAACUUUCUUUAUCGGACAUUACAAAAAGAAAAAAUAUUGUGAAACAAUAUUUAUUAGAAAAUAGAUUUCCAGUUACAGAUAUAAAUGAUAUUUUAUAUAUUGAAGACAGUGUUUCUAUAAAACCACCAUAUGAUACAGAACAUUGUGAAUCUACUAAUGCUAUUAUAUUAAAUAGAAUACAAAAUAUUCUUCGCAGUGUUAAAUAAUAAAUAUUAUAUGUAUAUAUAUACAACGAUCAUAACUUGUUAUUCUAGAUAUAAUAACACGGUAUGUCAUUGUUUAUCUUUUAAAAAUAUAUAAAUAAACUUUGAUAUGUUCAUCAUAUUUUUAUUUAGAAAGAUAUAUAAAAAGACACAAGAAAUAUAUUAAUAAUCGAUAAUAAGAAUAAAUUUUAUUUAUAAUUUUGAUCUUUCAUUUAUUAGAAAAAUAAAUUUACAGUUAUCAAAUAUUUGUGUAAUGUUAAAAUGAUAUCAACUUAUUUAUAUAUUUGUAUAAUAAAUUAGAGGAACCAAAAUAAGCUGUUAUAUGGCAACAUUAAAAGGUACACAACAAAAUCACAAUAUUUCAGAUAGUUGUACAAUGAAUCAUAUAAUUUAACAAAUAUCAGUAGGUCUUGGAUGCAGUUAAUGAAUAUACUCUUUAUAAAAACAGUGGAUUGAUAUGGAUUAUUUAAUUUUUUUUUUUUUUUUUUUUUUUUAUUUUUAUUUGAACAAGAAACAGAUCUCCAAUCCCAUUUCCUUAUCAAUUUUACUUGUCAAAAUUGAUGUAUUAUAUAUAAUACUUAUAUUUGAGAUAAAAAGAGUUUAAAUCUAAUACAACAGGUUUGAUAUCAACUCAAAAAAAAAAGAAAAU